AUGUGGCUUUUUCUUCCUCAAAUGAUGGAUAUUUAAACUAUCUCUCUGUUGGGUCGACUUUAAGAGAAGGCCUAUUUUUCGCCAUCUUAAUUCCAUCGACCAUACCCUACCAAAAAUGAUCUCCUCAUUGUUUCUGUAGUGUCAGAAAUACAAUAACAUUAUUUUUUGUCAUAUAGCUAAUCGGAAGUAACAAGGGAUCUGACAAAGGAAGAUUUACCAAGUAUGUCAAACCUCUAAUGUAUGAAGCUUAGACAAAAAUCUAAGGGGAAUGA